CGGAGCAGACACGUCCUCUCACAGCGGCGCGGAGCGUUUCCUGAUCCCCCGGGCUCCGUCGGACGGGGGGGGGGAGGGAAUAUCGGCUUCGUCGCGGGAUCCUCAGCGGGGAGCUUCGGGGAUGGGUGGUGGAGCGGAGCCCGCGGAAACGCGCCUUUCUCCGGACACCAGAAUGCGCAUCUUUCGCACAGAGGGGAAGAAGAAGUUCUCUUGUAGCUUGAAGGAAACCGGGAAAGGAAUCUCGCGCUGAAGGGAAUAAUAAUAAUAAUAAUAAUAACAACAACAGUUAUUGCAGUGCAGAGAAGAAGCCGACAACUGACGCAUCUGUGCGCGUUUUGCGCUGGAAACCUCUGGAUAUUACUUAUUCUGGUCCUGAGGGGAGUAUUUCACUGCGAUCGCGCGGAGUAUCGCGCGCACCUGGGAAAAUAGCCCUGAAAACAUAUCACUUCUAAUACAAACACAGCGAAACGCCAAAGCAAAUGAGACUGCCCUUUGCCCAUAGAGGAAAUGUCCAUGUCAGGGCUCGAAUGAACACAAUUACUUGUUUUUUCAUCUAAACACCGCAUUUAUGAGAUGGGAAAACAGAGAUUUCACGGCGUGAUUUGUUAUCUCAUGAUAAAUGCGCCGCUACUGUUGUACGUGAAUGCGGCAUUUACUGAAGUGCCGAAAGAUGUGAGUGUCUCUGAGGGGGAGGACAUUGAGAUGCCGUGCGCCUUCCGGGCCGUGGGAGCUGGGCCGUUGUCCCUGGAGAUCCAGUGGUGGUACCUGAAGGAGCCCAGCGCGAGGGACCUGGCGCACGAGCUACACGUGAUCGCACCGGCCAGCAGAGUGAAGAUCGCUCCCAGGGACGCUAUAAAAAUAAGUACCGUUCGCGUGCAGGGCAACGCCAUCUCGCAUCGGCUUCGCCUGUCGCACGUGCGCGCGCUGGACGAGGGCGUGUACGAGUGCCGCGUGCUGGGCAACGGCGCCGACGAGACUCAGGAACACAGGGCGCGGGCCGCGCUGCGCGUGACCCCGCGCGACGGCAUGCUGGCCGAGGAAGCCGUUUCUCACAUCCAGAACAGGUGGCCCCUGAGGAACGCCAACAGCGCCCCCGGCGGCCGGAGCACCUCGGGACCCGCGCAGGGGAAAGCCCGAGCGCCGCAGCAGCCGGCCGGAGCGGAGCCCCUCUCAGUCACCUCGACGGCGGCGGCGGCGGCCUCUGCGGAGAAAUCGUCGACCUCACCGCGUCCUGGCAGCGCGGCCAUCCUCCGGCAGCAACACGCGACGGCUUCUGGAGCCAUCACCACCUCUGAGCAUCUCCUGUACAUUUCCCUGCCGAUUCUGCAUAAACUCCUCUCCUUUCUGGGUGCCUACUGAAGGACUGCAAGCCAGAAACAGCCAGGAACAUUUUCCGUUGCUGUUCCAGCCAACAAAAACAGGAGAAGAACACACACAUGUAUGGCAGAGCAAUGGCGCUGCUAAAAGGAAACGGACUUUUGGGGAUAAUAAACUUCUAUCUUCUACCUGGGACACAUGAAGGACACGUCUGAAAUUUGGAUACAAAGUGGAUUGUAUGAGAAGCAUGAUAUCAAAAAAUAAGGAAUCUAUGUGAAUACAAGCUUCGUUCGCUCUUGCAUUAUACAACCAACGUCCACAGAAGUGAUGCAUCAAAUUUUCAAAUUCUAGUGUCUGCCCUGCUGCAUGCAUGGCAGCGAUUUCUCAUUUCAUUUUUCAUUUUUUUCCUUUUCCCCCUUUUUUCUUCCGUCUUUGCUGCACGAACAGUAUGAUAUUUUUCUGCAUCCCACAUGCUUUCAAAGAUGCGUCUGUCAGAGAGAAACUCCUUGUCCAUCUACGUGUACCAUUUCGUGUUACAUGUAUUCAUAAUGUCUACAAAUAAGGCCGUAUAUAUUUUAAUCAAAGGCACACCUUGCUGUAGUCGUUGUACGUCACCCUCAAUAAUGUUUAU